AUGGCUUUGCGUGUGCUGAUUGGUUACCUUUGCCUUUGGCGGGUGACAUCACUGGGGCCCAGCAUUUGUGGCAGCAAGCCAGAUGCCGUGCCAGGUUGUGAUAAGCGCGACAUGGGCUCCUGUGGCAACGCUUGUUGUGUAGUAGAGGUGGCGCUUCCUUUGACCUCGGAGCAAGCAUAUCAAAGCACAAAAGAUGCUUUGCAACGUCUUGGAGAGGACGGCUUUGAGUAUGUGACGGGUGGAAGCCCGAACCCGGCGGAUGAUCUUCGUCCUUACAAUAUUUCCAGCCCAAAGAAGUUCCAAUUCAUCCUUCAGGGUCGUCACAAUGCACCAAAAUAUUUCGGUGCCAACGGUGACAUCCUGAACUUUGCGAUCUAUGAGGGAGAUGCACCCACCAGUUCUGUGCUGCGGAUGUUCUCCCUGAGUCGCAUUCACGGUGCGUUGGGCGACAACGGACAAAACUACAAAACUCUGUCGCUCUUGGCGAAGCGCUUGAAGGCGGCGAAGCGAGUGAAAUAUGGCUGCCAUGCUGCAAUCCUCAGCUUUGUUCCACGAGGCCAAGCAGACCUUCGAGUCGUGACCUACUUGAAGGGCUACGGCAAGCUCACUGGGCCGAACUCCGUGAGUGUGGCCAUGAAUGAUGGCAGUGAGCAGACCAUCACGGCCAAAAAUAUCAUGCUGGCUACAGGCUCUGAGAUUAUUGAGAAGCUGCCUUUUGUGGAAGUGGACGAGGAACAGAUUGUGUCCUCCACAGGGGCAUUGGACCUGAAGCAAGUGCCAGAGAAAUUGGUGGUCAUUGGCGGUGGCGUGAUUGGAUUGGAACUUGGCUCUGUUUACGAGCGGUUGGGAUCGAAAGUCACAGUGGUUGAAUUCUUGCCCACGAUUGGCGGAAUUGGGAUUGAUGGCGAGGUCUCAAAAGAAAUGCAGAAGAUCUUGAAAAAGCAAGGCAUCAACUUUAUGAUGUCGACAAAAGUAACAGCCGUGGAGAAAACUGGUGGUCUGGUGAAGGUUGGAGAAGCAAACUGCGCAAGUAGAACCAAGAAAGCAAAAGAUGCCAAUGUGGUCCUCGUUUGCGUUGGUCGCCGGGAAUUCCGUGAUGGCCUAGGUGCUGAGGAGGUGGGUGUUGAACUUGAUGGCAGAAAGAUCAAGGUCGAUGACACCUUCAAGACAUCCGUGCCAAGCAUUUAUGCCAUUGGCGACAUCAUCCACGGGCCAAUGUUGGCCCACAAAGCAGAGGAUGAAGGCGCCAUGGUCGCUGAGUAUUUGGCCACCGGAAAGCAUCCGCACUUGGACUACAACAAUGUGCCCUCCGUUUUGUACACGCAUCCAGAAGUUGCCUGGGUGGGCAAAAGUGAGGAAAUGUUGAAGCAGGAAGGUGUUGAGUACAGAAAAGGAAAGUUUGCUUUUGCUGCCAACGGGCGAUCCAUCGCAAACAUGGACACUGAUGGCUUUGUGAAGGUCCUGUCCUGCAAGAAGACUGACAAGCUUCUGGGUGUACACAUCAUCAAUGCCAUUGCGGGGGACAUCAUCAGUGGUGCAUGUAUCGGCAUCGAGUAUGGUGCUGCCUCUGAGGACCUCGCGAGGGUUUGCAUGGCGCAUCCUACUGUCUCAGAGGUUCUCAAGGGAGCUGCCCAGAAGACUGCCUUCGGUAAAGCCGUUAGCGGAUGA